AAACGUUCGAAAUAACUACGAUUACAAUUGAAGUGACUUGAUAUGACAAUUUAACUUUUUCUUAGCAUUGUAUUUUGAAUCGUGAUCUUUAAUAAGUCAUCUAUUAUCUUCAUUCAAACAUAAUUAUUUAUUAGAUUAAUAUUAUAUAUUGAAACGAAUGUCUACAGAUACAUGGAUAUCUUCACAUUGUGAACUUAAUCAUCUUACUGAUAUGGCACCAUCAUCAUCGUCAUCAUCAACUAUCUCAUCAUCACCAUCAUCAUUGUCAUCAUCAUCAUUAUUCAAUAUAAACGUUAUGCAACAAUUUUCAAAUGUAUUUAAUAAAUUUUAUUCAUCUGAAAUAAAUUCAUUCAUUUCUACAAAAUCUAAUGAUUCAUAUCUAUAUACUACUAAUUAUUUAAAUCAAACAGUAAUGAAUAAUAAUAUAACUAAAGAACAAACAUUACAAGAGAAUCAUUUACAAAAUGUUCAAGAAAUAAUUUAUAAAUUUUUAAAAAUAUUUCCACAAUUUGAUCUAUUACAAAAAUCAAUAAACAAUCAUGAAACAUCUUCAGAAAGAUCUAUACAAGAUUUAACAAUGAAUCGUAAUGGACAAUAUGAUUUAAAUAUAUCUGAUUUUAAUUGUAGUAAUACAACAUUAGGUACAUUACCAAGUCCAUCAGAAAAAUCUAGUCCAUAUGAUUCUAGUUUAUGUUAUCAGCAAAUGAAUCAUCAAAUGAAUGAUCAUGAAAUUGAAGAUCCUAAUGAUUAUCAUAAUAAAUUGGAUAAAGAAGAAAAACUUCAGAAUAGUAAUGAAGUCAAUGAAUUCAAUUGUACAUUAGAUCAUAUUAAAAUGAAUAAAAUAAAUAGUUUAUAUACUACUGUACCAUGUGAUACAGGAUUAAACAAUAUAUUUAAUAUGAAUAGUAAUAUAAGACAAGAUUAUAGAUCCCCUACUGAAAACCUAACAAAUCAUUUGCCCUAUCAAUAUGAAAAUUCUUUGAAAUAUGAUCAUGAACAGUCAAAUAAUGAGCAAUAUGCUAUUAAUUUAUCUAUGAAAAAAGCAAAUCUAAAUCAAACACUACCUACUUCACAAUCUGAAAUGAUUCAUCAUAAUACAGAAACAAAUGAUCAUUCAUUGUCAAAUCCAGCAGUUUAUGAAUAUUAUACUAGAUUAAUGCAACUUAGUUAUAUUGAAUGGUUUAGAUAUCUCGUUUGUCAGUCACCACAAAUAACAGGAAAUUCUUCUACCUCAAGUCCUAUACCCCAUUUAAUUCAAAAUAACAAUAUUUAUUAUCCAAACAAUGAUAAAUCCUGUGAUUUUAAUAGUUUAAAUAAUGUUAACAAUACUUUUCGAAGUAACCACUCUUUAAAAGAUGUUCAGAAUAUAGAUAGAUUAGCAUUUCAUCAUUCUAACGAACCUCUUUCAAUUAAUUCAGAUAUUUUAGGAUCAACUUAUUCAUCAUAUGAUUUAACUAAUUUUCCUUGUAACUUACAGUCUAAUUUCUCAUUGAAUAAUCAUCAAAAUGCUUUGUUAAAUCGUCUUUCAACUAUUACAUCAACAACACAUUCAUUACCAUCUUAUUCACCAAUACGAAUGACCAAGUCUGGCCUUCAAUCAAUGACAAAAGAUGUUUCAAAGUUAACAAAUAUUUGUAAUAUGAAAUCAAAGAUCUAUUCUGGAAAUCCAAUAAUUUCAAAAUAUUCUAACACAAAAAGUACUGAUCGUACAUUAAUUAUCAAUGGACCUAAUAGUUAUGCUUGUAAACUUUGUUCCAAAGUUUAUUCACAAGCAUCCGCAUUAAAAAUGCAUGUACGUACACACACAUUACCAUGUCGAUGUACACAUUGUGGUAAAUCAUUUUCACGUAAAUGGCUCCUUAAAGGACAUGAACGUACACAUACUGGUGAAAGACCAUAUUCAUGUAGUGUUUGUAGUCGAUCAUUUGCAGAUCGAUCAAAUCUAAGAGCGCAUAUGCAAACACAUCAACGUGAAAAACGUUAUUCAUGUCCACAUUGUCCACGUUCAUUUUCACGAAUGGGUCUAUUGAAUAAACAUAUGAUACAAUGUACUCAAAAUAUCGAAUCAAACAAUAGUAUUAACAAUCGAAAAAAUAACAACACAAUGAAACUAUCAAAUUGUUAUCUUCCUAUCAAAUUUUCCUGAUCCAAAUAUCUAAUUUAAUUAUCAAUAUUUUAUUUAUACAAUGAACAAUUUACAAUUAGAUAAAAUACUUUACUAAACACUUAUAUGAAUACCUCUAUUCACUGUUAAACACAUAAACUUAGAUAAGCUUAUCAUAAGAUAAAAUGUAUAAAGUAGAUUUGUAGAUAUAUUUUCAAUUAGUCUAUAAGUAAUAUAUGUACACAUGUAUAUCUGAGGAUUACCCCUCCUCCUCCUCCUCCUCCUCCUCCUCCUCUUCCUCCUUUGUUUCCCAUUUUAACCUCAUUACAAGAAAUUGUAGACCUCUUUUUCUUAGAGAGCUAAUUGUACUUAAGUUGUUUCAUUGUAUUACAUAUGAAGAGGAAAAAUUCUGCUUCAUUUACUUUAUAUCAAUGUACAGAUACAAAAAAAAACCUGUCAUGAUUAUUAUCUACUUAUGUGAAAUAUAAAAUUAAUUUUUAAAGA